UUCCUCAAGCCUCUAGUAGAUGUGUGAAACAAAAUGGCAACCCGAUGUCUGGCCCCGUGCAGAAAGUGGAGUGCGGUUUAACCCUUGACAAUAUUAAAGCCAAUGUUACAGUGAACACUGAUCCUGAAGAGGUUCAGCAGCUGGCGACCAACACACAAAUUCUCACGUCAAGGCCGGAUCAGCUGUCGGGUUCCAACAUCACUGCAGCAGCAGCCAUAGUAAACACCAUCCUGACCGACAUUACUAAUAUCACAGAGGACACAACAGUGGCUGUUAUGACAACAGUUAGUCAGCUGCUAACUGUUGCACCUGAACAAUUUACUGAAGACAACAAUGCUACUGUAAGUCUAACUCACACCUUGGAAAGGUUUUCAGUGAGUCAUAGUAACAGUAACACAUCCUUGGUGGUUCAGCCUAGACUGGCUAUCCAGACCGUCCAGGUGCAAAAUGACCAAACCACAGGUAUCCAGUUCAGUGCUCUCUCUGGUACUUCAAGUAACUUUACAACAAACAGAAUUCAACUGAAGAGGAAUGUGUCAGAAAUUACAGAUACUGAGAUUCCUUCUGACGUUCAGAUAUUCAUCAAACUUCCCUCAGAUCCCUCCCGUAAGACUUCGAAUGUCAGCGUUGGCUUUGUGCUCUAUGAGAACGACUUGUUCUUCAGGUCCAGAGCCUUCCGGCCUUCGCUGAAUGCGAGGAGGAUGGUGAUCUCUGGAAGUCUGGGAGGUGUCACAGCUGAACAUGUCAAGCUGCACUUUCUACCCAUGAACACGUCCGAUAAGUUCCUGCAUGAUUUUGCAUGUGUGUUCUGGGACUACAGCCUCAAUGACUGGAGCACCAAGGGCUGCUUUAAAACCAACCCGUCCACUAACGUGUCCACCCUCCAGUGUCAGUGCAACCACACCACCAACUUUGCUGUGCUCAUGUCUUUUAGGCCCUCAUAUCAGUAUGCUAAGGCACUGAGUGAUAUCAGCAUAGCGGGCUGCUCUUUGUCUAUAGUGGGCCUGAUAUUAACCAUAAUAUUCCAGAUCAUCACCAGAAAAUCCAGGAAGAUGGCUCCUACGAUACUCCUGGUUAGCCUCUGCGUGUCCAUGACCGUCUUCUAUUUCCUCUUCCUGUUUGGAAUUGAGAAUCCCGAUCAGAAUGUUUCUCAGAAUUCAAAAGUAUCAGAGGAGAACACCCUGCUGACCUCUGACCUGUACCAGGAUCCUGACAGCGGCCCCUGCACUGCCCUCACUGCCCUGAUGCAGUACUUCCUCUUAGCCACCUUCACCUGGAACACCCUCUACGCACUGCACAUAUUCAUACUCAUCAGGAAAACACUCUCGGGCACACCAAGUGGAUUCCUGGCAGCAUCCAUUGUGGCGGGCUGGGGUUUUCCUGCAGUGUUGGUUGCCAUCACUUUGGGGGUCACCUACAGAGUGGACAAACCUUUGGGAUAUAGGCGGGAAGAGUUCUGUUGGCUUGCAGCACUUAAACCAUCCGGACAGUUUGACUUUGCGAAGCCCAUGUUCUGGGGCUUUCUGCUUCCAGUUGCUGUCAUGCUGCUUUUCAAUACUGUGGUGUUGAUAUACUUUGGAAUCAACACUUGCAAGAAGGAUCCUAUUUUAAGCAGCACACAGAACACCUCACUGAGGAAGUUGUUUAUGAGCAACUUCUCUCUGGGAGUUCUGCUGGGUAUUACCUGGGUGCUGGGCUACUUCGUGCUGGGCUACUCUGCCGCUACCCCCACUCUCAGCAACAUCCUCAGCAUAUUUUUCUGUUUGUGCAACACCACGCAGGGUGUACAGAUCUUCAUUCUAUUUACGGUGAGGACGGCCGACUUCAGGAAGAUGUUCCACUCGGUCACGCAGUCUGUGUCGGCUCCCGACCUAUCACUGCACAAGCAGGUGUAUGAACUGUGGAAACCCAAGGGUCGAUCGCAAAACCCAUGGACGGCUGAUUAUGGGUCAGAGGGACACUUUGCACAAAGCGAAACAACACGCAACCUUUAGGACCUUGUCCAGGGCUGGACUGGCAAUCUGGCAUACAGGGAAUUUUCUCAGUGGGCCGACAGUUCCCAGGGGCUGAUGCUGUUUUUUUUGUCUCAGAGGCUGGCCCACAAUAUCGAUGGGACGGACCAUUGGCCCAUCUUUGUAGACAGUGGACUGAGCCAAUCAUAAUAUCAUAUAAAAGUAGGGGAGGCUGCACGCAGGCCAUUUUAUAUCAGAUAUUCUGAAGGUAAUCUCUCCAGUGGAGUGGUUCACGACCCUGGAUGUAAUGGAUGCUUACUUCCAAAUACUGAUAGCACAAACACAUUGUGUUCUUGACAUGUACCGUAUACAGACUUUACUCUCCCCAUCAUUAAUUGCAUUGGGGGGGACUUUGCCAGGAGCAACAUAUGCGUGCAUGCACAAAUACACACACACGCACGCACGCACGCAAGCACGCACACACACACGCACACACACAAACACACAAUUGGUUGUUACUGGUACUGUGUGGUGCAUGUAUGAGAUGUGCAAUACAAGGCUAACAUGUAAGAGCCUCGACAAAAAAAACACAACAGUAGUUUAUAACUUUGUACCUGUGUGGUAGCGUACAGUAUUAACUACUUUGUAUAUGCAUGGUGCCCAUGCAAGAAAGAGCAGCUAAAAUGCCUCACUUUUUAGAAAGUGAACUGAUGUAGAGUUAAAAGAUGUGCCUAGGGAAAUAUCUCAAUUGGUAUGUUUUUUAUUGUUUUUUUUUUCUAUUACGUAGGCCUCCUUCGAUGAUGGCUGU